CUUUUAUCUUCCAUUUCUUGAACUUAUGGGCUGCCCCUUUGCAGAAUAGUGAAUAGUAAGGGUGAUGUUUUAGAGAUGAGUAUGGAGGCAAAUGAAGUGAAAGGAAGAACUUGUCACUUUGUGAUGGUUCAUGGAGCAACCUUGGGCGGUUGGUGUUGGUACAAAGUUGUAGAUCUUCUUCUGAAAGUGGGCCACACUGUAUCUUCCAUUGACAUGGCCAGCGGAGGUAUAGAUCCUACAAAUGCCGACCAGGUUUCAUCUUUACAACAGUACAAUCAGCCACUAACAGAUUUCUUCACAGCUCGUCCUUCGCAGGAUAAGGUUAUAAUGGUUGGUCACAGCGCUGGUGGCUUCAAUUUGAGUUUUACCAUGGAGCGUUUUCCAGAUAAAAUUGCUGCAGCUGUAUUUGUUACCGCCUUCAUGCCCCUCAGCGGAACAACUCUCUCUGAUAUGAUUAGUGAGGUCUCAUCCAUAGUUGGAAAUUUCGGAGACUCCACAUUUUACUAUGAAAAUGGGAAAGAAAAUACGGCCACAUCCUUCAGAUUUGGCAGCCAGUUUACGCGACACUCUUUAUCACAGAACAGUCCUUCUUGGGACCUAAUGUUGUUGGAUUCGCUGGAGAAAAAGUUUCCUCUAUGCGAAGAACCUGUUUUGUAUACAGCUAAAAACUAUGGAAGCGUUAGGAGAAUAUACGUUGUGGCGAAGGAAGAUAAAUUAUUUGUGGAGGCGUUCCAGAGAAAGAUGAGUGUAGAGAAUCCUCCACAAAUGGUAUACGAAAUUGAAGGAUCUGAUCACACCGUAGUGUUCUCGAAGCCUCUUCGUCUGGCUGAGGUGCUCAUUGGAAUUGCUAAUAUAUGUCUGUGAAAGUGAAGCAAUCAGAUGCAGUUGGGUUUUUGUAAAUUUUGCGAUAUCAUGAA